AUUUUAUUUCCAAGUCUUUCUUAAUUGUAAAGACAUGUUCUAAGUGUACAAAUUGGCUAUUACAUACAAAACAGCGUAAAUAAAAUGGACAGAUAUUAGAUUUACAUUGAAUUGUAGAACGUACUUAAGGUAUUGUAACAAAAGUGUCAAUUAAAAUGCUUCAAGAAAAUGACGGACCUUUUGUGAAGGACAAUAAUACUAAACAAAGACGGGCUUCAAAAGAAAUUCAGAAAAAGAAAAGAAAGAUAAAAUCAAAAGAUCACGACAUUCAUUUUAUGACAGCCACUAAUGAAAUCGAAUUAGACGGAGAACAGGCGUUUAACUUUAAUGGUAAUAAUUUAAAUCAUGAUACAGCUAGUGAUCAGACCAAUCACCAGAGGAGUGCUUCCCCAUCGAAGGUUUUAAAUUGUAUUGAUAAUAGUGGUAAUGAAAAUAGUGAUUUAAAUCGGAAAGAUUCAAAUAAAGAACGCCAAGUAUUGACUCAAGGUGACGAGACUUUAAAUGUCACUAAUAAACAAGAAGUUUCGUUCAAUAAUACAAUAGUUAACAAAGUUGUGGAUACCGGUGUAAAACAGUCGGAGGAAUAUAGUCACGACUCGUACUCGUCUUCAUUCGAAAGUUCUGAUGGUGAAGGGGACAAGUGGAGCGCACCAGAAAAUAAACCAGUACAACAAGGAACAAAGAAAAAAGUGUCAGAGAAUAUAGUGCCUAGUCAAAAUAAAGGAAAGAUUACAAGUAAAUUCGAAAAAACUGGAAUAGAAAAAAGUGAAGAAGAACCAUCUUCAACGUCAACUCCGAGAAAGGAUUUAGAUAAACAAGAACAUAGUGAAUCAUAUGCAUAUUCCAACACAUUCGAACCUGAUUCAAACUCCAAGGAAAAUUUAAAAAUAGUAAGUGAUUCUGGGAAUAACAAGUACGCCGACGCUACGUUGAGUGAGUCCAGCUGGCCAUCUUAUUGUCAGGAUAAUAGAGACAUUAAGAACAAGGAAACAAAAUUAAACAGUAAAACAGCAACAGAGAUAAGCAAUAAGAAAACUGGAAAAUCUGGUGACGUGGAAAAUACAAAUGUCAAGAAACAAUCAAAGGAUAACUCGGAUAUCAACAAGGAUAAAGAUGACGAUGAUGAUGCAACACUAACAGAGUCAAGUUGGCCUUCAUAUUGUGAAGACAAAAACAAACAGGAGGUAGGAUCUGAUGCUAACGAGCAUAUUCACGUUGGAAAGAGUAAAAACCAAAACAUUGAAUCUAGUGACCAUAGUGUCAAUAGUCUUUCUGAAAAAAAAUCAGACCAAAAGGAAGUCUCAGUAAAAGGUCAUUCUCAAAUUUCUGUUUCAUUUUCCGAAAAUUCAAAACAUAAAUGCGCUGGUGAAGAUAAGGAGGAUUCUGACAAGAAAAAGGCGGAAGAAAGCGAUGAUGCUACACUAAGUGAUAACUCGUUUCCAACGUAUAGAAGUGAAGAUCCUGUUGUUAUUAACAGUGGUGACACUCCUCAAGAUAAAGGAUCGAAAACCAAGGUCAGUACAACCGGGGAUUCCGCGUCUGAAAAGUCCAAGAAUAACGAUUCUGUCGUUUCUUUGCUACAUAAAUCUGAAAACUGUGAGGAAAUUAAACAAAAACCUCCAAUUGACACAAAAACGUUAUUAUCAGAUACACUAACAGACGCAGAAAGAGAGUCACAAAAUAGGAAAAAUAAAGAAACACGGAAAAAAUCAAGUCCUGACGACACUUUAGAGGAUAUUGAACCCAUUUCAAAUAUAGAUGCUCCAUUGCCCAUUGAUACUGACAAAAUAAAUAGUGAAACACUAAUAAAUAAAGACAAUAAGCCAAUGGCAAGGCAGAAAUUUGUCAGACAAGCUGUUAAAAAUUCUGAUUCUGACGUCGAAACUGAAAAAAUGGAAGGAACUAAUACCACAAAGGCUAGCGAGGAACAACCAGUACACCUUACAAACGGCGAUGAUGGAGUGUUUUCUGAAGAUAGUGACAAUGAAGGGAAGGAAAAUAUUGAUAGAGGUGACGAUGACGAACUGACCAAUGUAACUGAAUCUAAUUCCCGCCAAAGAAACGUAUCUGAUUGGGGUACAAAUGAAGAUUUUAAAAAAGAACAUGAAACUGGUGGUGAAAAUAAUAAGGAUAAUAAAAUUGAAAACGACCAGGACAAACGUAAAAAUAUGGAAAACAGUCCGGAGCAAGCAGUUGAUACCGAGGUUCAAACAAAUGAUAAGAUACCGGACAAUGGUCAAGCCCAUACACAAGCACGCGAGGCUGACCAAAACAUGGAUGACACACACGAGAACGAUCAAAAUAUAGAUGACGUUGGCGUUGAAUCUGUUGAACAAAUUCGAAGGAAUAUAAAAAUCGACAACGCUGUUGAGACUGUGGCUGAACUAGAGGUUAAAGUUCAAGAUUUAAUGGAAAAUAUGAAGGAUCUUAUGUCUGAGUAUACAACACGGUUAAAUAAUCAACCAUUGUCUGAUUUUGUGAUGGAUUUAGAUAAAUUUAAGGGUGAUUUUGUAUCACUUAGAGAUGCAUACAAAAAAUAUGAAUCUUUAUUUGUUUUUUUAAAUAAAUGUCUAAAGGAUUUACGCUCUUCUGGUGAUGAAGUGAACAACUUGAUAGCAAAACGCUUCCGGGAAGAAGAUUUGACCACAUGGAUGGAGUCUCAAGAAAAGUUUGAAGAAGAGAAACACAAAAUUCGCGAAGAGCGUAUUGCCGUGGAACGAUCUGCAUUGGCCAAAGCUUCAGAAGCGAGGGCAUCAAUUGCCAAGGCAACGAUAGCAGUAGCAGAAUCAACUCAGCUAGCUAAUGAGACCGAGAUCGAGGCUGCAGAGGCAGAGAGUCUGGCAAAGAAGGCAUGGGAAUCGGCAGAAGUGGCUCUAAAGGCCGCUGAGGAGGCAAGGAAAGCGGCCAUAGAGAAACGUAAGGCUGAUGAUGAAGCUAGGAAACGAGCACAAGAAAGGGCUGAAAAGAAGGCAGAGGAAGAGAGAAAAAUUAGAGAAGUAGAAGACAAAGGAUUAAUGGAAGAAGCAAAGAAGAAAGGAACAACUUUUCAGGAUGAACGGAAACGUGCUGAUGAAGAAAAGGCCAGAAAAGAAGCAGAAAGAAUAAAUCCAAAUAAUUGGCCCAGAUACAUAUACAGCGUAGAUCCGGGUGAUUAUGACCCCGGGGUGGGAGUAAUCAUCAGGUCCAUUAAAGGAUCUCUAAAUCGAGAAGAUGUUGAAGUGACCAGACUUGACCAGGAUACUGGUGUACUAGAGCUGACCGAGACGGAAGAGCUCGUGAGCAAUAUCAUAGAGAUCAAACCGACAGACAACGAGAAGAAAUUUAGUUUCGAACAAGCAAUGUCCAUUGCCAUUCCUCACUGUACACCACGUGGUAUACCAGGGAAGGAAGCAGUCAUUAAAUGUCUACAGUCCAAUGGGAAGUGGGCGGAGCUUCCUUCUACAGAACUGGUUUUAAAUGAUAUCAAAGAAUUGAGGUUCGUUGAAACGAGAACUAGAAAGUUCGGGACAUAUGUGGUGGUUCUAAGACUCAAACGAGACACACUAACGUUUACCAAGAAAGGUAACAAAGUAUUCUCAUCAGUUGAUGCCAGAGUCUCAUUCACAUGUAAACCAUCCAUGUUUAAGAUGAACACCAACAUUAACAUAGAGGUGCAGCCAGUUGAAUUAUCAGCAGUAACAGAAUUAAAGCAGCGAAGCCCGGUAGAAUGUAACAAUUUAUUGGCUGCCAGCCCGAUCCUUAAAUUUUCAAUACCAAACCGGAAGUUUGCCAAACCUUUAUUGAUGACUUUACCGCUCCCUCCUAAUACCACUCGACCCAAGCGACCACAGACAGCAAUGGCCACGAAUAGAAGUGAUUCAGACAGUGGUCACGAUGGCCGACCACUGACAGCUCGACCGUCUACAGGAUUCCAGUCUUCUAAAAAUGAAGAUGAAUCCGAGGAGGACAUUCAUCUUUUGGUUAGGAGUAAUAGAGAGGAGACAUGGACCAAGCUACAGGAUGUACCUCUAUUCCAGGCCAGGAAUAAAGACAUUGUUUCUUUUGAAAUCAAAGAACCUAGUGACAGAUAUCUGAUCUUGAGAACAAAGGAAGGAAUGACAGUUGCACAAGUUGAGAGGAUAGCUUUUAUGUUGGAAAUAUCAAUUAUGUAUAGAACUAUUCAAAUAUUCUUACGCCAAAAGAACGAUGAUCCAAACGAGGUUAUAGUAUCUUGCGAGCAAUCAAACAGAGCUGAGCGCGCUAUACGCAAGUUUGGAGAAUUAGGCUACGAGGAAGGACCAAAUCCUAGUAAAGAUAUUAUAGUGAAAGAAGGUCAAAUUUUAGACAUAAGUUUUAGAGGAAACAUUCAAUGUACAAAGGAAGCUGAAAAACUAAGACUUAUAUUCAACACGCAUUUUAGAAGCAGGUUGGAUUUUAGUGUUGAAGAAAUUGAAAAGUUUGCUCAGAAAAGUUUCCACACGUACAGAGGAUUUGCACAAGUUUCUUCUGAUGUUGUUCAUAGAAAACUACAUAUAAUGGAACACCAAACCCCUGGCGCUCCAAAGAAACCCCCACACAUAGAAGUUACAAAGGAAAGACAAUUACUGACUGAACUACUGAUAAAUAUACCAAAGCCUGAUCCAGAACCACCCCAGCCUUUGAAUACAGCUCCUGUGAAAAUACACGUUGAAGCUCCAAAUACGAAGGAUGUCCUAGAAUUUGUUGCUAACGAGCUUGGUGACGAAUGGAAGAUGUUAGCACAGGUAUUGAACCUUAAAAGUGUCCGGAUCCAGGCUAUUCUCCGACAGAAUACAGCUAAUCCAGACCCAAAGAAGAUCCGGUAUGAUAUGUUAGUAUCCUGGGCAAAGAGAAUUCCUAGAAGUGCCAACAAGCUUGAUAUUUUAGCUACAGCAUUGACAUCUUGUGGACGAAGUGAUAUAGCCAGUGAACUGAGGGACAAAGACCUGGAAUACAAACGAAACAUGGCUAAAGCAAAUAAAAAUACACUAUUAAAACGAGCAUUUGUGAAAGUGGCACAGAACCCUGAUGCUGUCAAGAAUUGGAUGAUAAUUGCCAGACGAUUAGGAGUGGCUGAAGACCAAUUAAGAACAAUAGAUCAAAGUAAACCAUCAGUUCAGGAAAAGUGCUUUAAUAGUUUACAGCUAUGGCAAUCUGUGGUAGGGGAACAAGCCUCUGUCCAUCAAUUGACAGAUCGCCUUAGAAAAUGUCGAUAUCGGCAGCUAGCACUUUCAGUAGAAGAAAGUUGCAGUCCAGAGGAUGAGAGAAAUUGAGACAUUAAGUUGAGGAUGUAUUGAAAUAUAGAGUUAGAUGCGCAAAUUUUCUGUGAUAUCAAUAUAAAUUUGCUGAUUAUCUGUAAUACAGAGUUAGAUGUGCUAUUUAUCUGUGAUACCAGAACUAGUCUUACCAUUGCAUCUGUCUUUUCAGAACUCUUAUAUAUAAAAACUCCUAUACAGACAGUGCAGAAUAUCUAAACAUUUGUAGGAACACCUAUCAUAUAUGUAUAUGAUUAAAUUAUUUCAUUAAUAUGAUAGUAUUGCAUAGCAAUUUGAAUACAUUGAUGGCCUCCUUUAAAUGACAUGGAUUAUUAGAAAUAAACAUAAUUUUGGUAUGUAUAUUCGAUGCUUAAUAUUUCACAUUACCUUUUUGCUAUAGAAAAAUGAAUGAUCCUUUGAAAACAUUGAAAUUUCAUGAAUAUUUUUUAUGAAAUCUUAGUUGGAUGAGGACUCAGUGUCACAUAGAUACACAUGUUACAACAAUUUGUUGCAAUUAUUAAAUGCUUGCCAUUUUGUAUGCAUUUAUUAAAUAGUUUAUGAAUAUUUUUUAUUUUAUAAUACUUAUAUUUUUAGAAGUUUAUAUAUCCUAUAUUAGUUUUCUAUAUAAUUUACAUGCUUAUUACAUGCAAUAUUUAUGACUUUAUAUAGUUUU